AAUUAAUUUGGCGUCUAUAAACAGAGAAAUUAAAAUAAAUUCCUUUUUCUAAAUUUCGUUUACAUCGAAUUACCCAAAAUCCUAAAAAUAUACAAAAAUAAAAAUAAUUGAUAGACCGGUCGGGAUAUUUGGCGAGCCGACCCGUCGCGUCGUGGGUUUAGGUUUAACGUAUUGGCGCGCCAGUGAAGAAAAUAGACGACGAUGGCGAUGAUGCAUCCUCCGCAGCCGCCGCAAGGCUCCUAUCACCAUCCUCAGACGCUCGAAGAAGUUCGAACUCUUUGGAUUGGUGAUUUGCAGUACUGGGUCGACGAAAAUUACCUCACUUCCUGCUUCUCCCAAACCGGCGAGCUCGUUUCUGUCAAGGUAAUACGUAACAAGAUCACGGGACAGCCAGAGGGGUAUGGUUUUAUAGAGUUUAUAUCUCAUGCAGCAGCAGAGAGAACUCUGCAGACGUACAAUGGGACACAGAUGCCUGGAACUGAGUUAACUUUUCGGUUAAAUUGGGCUUCUUUUGGUUCAGGACAGAAAGUUGAUGCUGGACCUGAUCAUUCUAUCUUUGUUGGAGAUUUAGCACCUGAUGUUACAGAUUAUCUUCUUCAAGAGACAUUCCGUGUUCAUUAUUCUUCUGUUAGAGGUGCCAAGGUUGUUACUGAUCCAAGUACUGGACGAUCAAAGGGUUAUGGAUUUGUAAAAUUUGCAGAGGAAAGUGAAAGGAAUCGGGCUAUGGCUGAAAUGAAUGGUUUGUAUUGCUCAACAAGGCCUAUGCGUAUUAGCGCAGCAACACCUAAAAAAAACGUCGGUGUGCAGCAACAAUAUGUCACCAAAGCUGUUUACCCAGUUACAGUCCCAUCUGCAGUUGCUGCACCAGUCCAAGCAUACGUUGCUCCACCUGAAAGUGAUGUCACCUGUACAACGAUUUCAGUUGCCAAUUUGGACCAAAAUGUUACAGAGGAAGAGCUGAAGAAAGCAUUCUCCCAAUUAGGAGAGGUUAUUUAUGUCAAAAUACCUGCAACAAAGGGAUAUGGUUAUGUUCAAUUCAAAACCAGGCCUUCUGCAGAAGAAGCUGUUCAAAGAAUGCAGGGACAAGUGAUUGGUCAACAAGCAGUUCGCAUCUCUUGGAGUAAAAAUCCAGGACAGGAUGGUUGGGUUACACAAGCAGAUCCGAAUCAGUGGAAUGGGUAUUAUGGUUAUGGGCAAGGCUAUGAUGCAUAUGCUUAUGGGGCAACUCAAGAUCCAUCCGUGUACGCAUAUGGUGGAUAUGGCUAUCCCCAGUAUCCGCAACAGGGAGAGGGUACACAAGACAUUUCGAACUCUGCGGCGGGUGGAGUAGCAGGUGCAGAGCAAGAGUUGUAUGAUCCUCUGGCCACUCCUGAUGUAGACAAGUUAAAUGCUGCUUACCUUUCGGUUCAUGCAAGUGCCAUAUUAGGAAGGCCAAUGUGGCAGCGGACCUCAUCGCUCACAUCACAAUUGGGCAAAUGAUCGGGAAGAGAAGAAUAAAAUGGUGGGUGCUUUGAGAUGUUUAGUGUGUCCAUUUCACUGCUCUUUGUCUGAUUGUUUGGGAUUUUUCUGUAAUCUACAGUUAGGAUCUAGUUACAAUGCAAAAUCAUGAAUCUUCCAACUUUUCUGCCAUGGUCAAUGAUAAUGCCUUUUACUUUUUUACUCACCCG